UAAAAAACCACCGGUGACGUGCGCGCAGGGAAGCACCCAGCAGUAUGUGCGCGCCCACGGGAGGGGCCGAUAGAAAAUGGCGAGUCUGUGCAAAAGGCAGCAAUGCACGGUAGAGAGGCGCGGCUUUCGGCAGGAACUUGACUCUUGGAGGCACAAACUCAUUCACUGUGUAGGCUUUGAAAGCAUUUUGGAAGGCUUGUUUGGGCCCGGACUAGUCAAAGAUAUCACCCUUUUCCAAGACUGCGAGCCCGAGGAAGUGUUUGACUGGUCCUUCGAUGAAAACUGUCUCUUCUGCUGCUUAAGACGCGAGAAAGUCAAGGACGGGCACAGCGUAGAGAAGGGUGGAGGCAGCCAGGUGCUGUCGGAGCAGUCUCGGAUCAGCCGGCUGGAGAGACAGGCCCAAGACUUCCUCAAUGCUGUGUUCCACAGAAAAGACCUCCCAAGUUUCUCAGAACCUCACAUUCCUCUAGUGGCUCGUGAGAUCAUGCAGCGAAUGAUCCGCCAGUUCGCUGCCGAAUAUACCUCAAAAACUACUCAGGACGACUCGCCCCUGCCCAACGGCACCAUGAAGGACCAAAGCCUGUCGAGAGCGGCGUCUCUGGUCGUGGCCCCAUGCUCCCUGCAUGGGCCCCUGCCCGUGCCGAGCUCCCCUCAAUCGUCUGCCUCCUCCUCCCCAUCCCCGGGACCUGGCCUCAGCCCCACCUCCGCCACCGCUGCUGCUGCCUCAGCACCCGCCUGCACCCAGAGCAGCAACGGUACGGGAGCCAGUAACGGUGGAGGAGGAGGUACGGCUGCUGCCUCUGCACAGAAUCCCGUCCUCAGCAAGCUUCUCAUGGCCGACCAGGACGGCCCACUGGACCUCUCCGUCAAAAAGAACGAGGCAGACCCAGAGCCCAGCCAGGAGGAUGGCGUCCUGGACCUCUCCACCAAGAAGAACCACAGCGCAGGCAACCUCAAAACCUUCCCCGGCUUCUCCCCUGAGCCCAGGGUCAAAGGACGAUCUAUCAAAGUGGAAAAAACCCUGCCAGAGGUGGAUGACGACGGCUUGCUGCAGAGAAGCUUGCAGGACGGACUGGGGGAGAACUACGUCAACUCCAACUCCUUCAAGCCUCCAUUAGCCCACUCGCUGCGUAUCAAGGAGGAGCUCCUCAGCCAGAAGCACCGUCUCCUGAGCCAGCCUGCUGCUCUUUCAUUGGCUAAUCUAGAAUCAGCCGGCUUGCUCAAUCAUGCGCAGACCUACUCCUUGCUCGGCCAAAAGGGCUCUUCCUCUUUCUGGGGAAGCAAGGCCCACCUCGAAGGCUUGAUGAAGCUAAAGCAGGCCAGUGGAGCUCUAAGCGGGGCCCUCAGUGACCUCAAAGACCUGCCUACAUUCCUGGAGAAUCACCACAACCACCACGGAGCCUUCUCCUUUAAAAGCCACCAUCACCACCACAAUCAGGUGUCCAAGGCCCAACACCACCACAAUGAAGGCAAGAGGGACCAGGGCCACUCGCCUCCUGUCGACCUAAAGAUCCCUCAAGUUCGGGGCAUGGAUCUCUCCUGGGACUCCCAUGCCUCUGAUCUGUACGGCUAUGGCGCCAUGGGGGUUGGGGGUGGUGGCCAUGGGGAGAACAACCUGAGUCGGAAGCUGAGAGCCAUCCUGCCCAAGCAGAACCGCCGGGGAGGAAGCCUUGGAAGCCUGCUGGAUGGGGCGGCUGACUACUGGAGCUCGGACUUGGACCACUCCAGUUCCGGGCCAGCGUACUCCACCUCUGACGCGGAAGGGGACCCAAACUCCAAGCAGCCGAGGAAGAAGAGGGGCCGUUAUCGCCAGUACAACACGGAGAUCCUGGAGGAGGCCAUUACCGUAGUGAUGAGCGGGAAGAUGAGUGUGUCCAAGGCUCAGAACAUGUACGGGAUCCCGCACAGCACCCUGGAGUACAAAGUCAAGGAGCGCAUGGGAACCCUGAAGAACCCCCCAAAGAAGAAGCUCAAGCUGAUGAUGAAGAUGGAAGCAGGAGGCCAGGAUUUUCCUCUCGCGGAGUCGGAGAACAUGCCAACCGCAACCCCACAAGACAACGGCCCGCCGCUGGUUGCUGUUGAGCUCAAGGACAAUGUAAAAGAAGAGAUUGAUGACAAUUUCAAACCAAUCGACUAAACGACUUACACAUGUAAACCUCAGUCAAUGACUUAAGUAGUUUGAAAAUGGAUGGGGCUUUAUUUGUGCCAAUUUACUUAGCAGUAUCUGGGUGAGCACAAACGCAGGGAUAAUAUGAGGAGGAUUCUUAAAACACACUGGAGAUAAACUAAUCGGAUGGUUUUAAACUAGCGUCGCUUUAGCGACGCUUUAUAAGGAUUUGUUUAGCUUUUAUAUCCAGGGGCUUAACAAAUGCAGCUAAAGACACUAGUUAAAUGACAAUUAUUGAAAUUUCCAUACGCAUGCUGAUAAUCCUAAACCCCAAAACCCGAUCCCCCUCUUUUCUGAACUUGACACACUGAUCCAUUGCUGCUCAUACAUGCAGUUUGGGCUUUGGACCAUUCCAAUUUGGAGGGGGGAAGGUUGAAAAUUAACUCCUUAAAAAACUGACAAAUUAGUCUCUUUACUGCUCCCCUCUCAUGGAGUACUAGCUGAAAAUUGGUAAGUGAACUGUCUAUUACAUUUGAAGCCAACUGUAAGGUUUAAUCAUACCAUUGAUGUUCCUCACCAGGGUUCUGAAUCAAAACCCAUUCUCUUAUUGCCAGGUAGCCAUGACGCUUUAACUGCAACACUUUUCUUUCCUCCUUAAGAUAUUCUGCUAAUCUCUGUGUGGACGAAAGCAACAUUAACCCGUCCUUUUUGAAUGAGAAAAGACACACAAAAGUCAUUCAGGGAUGCAUGUUUGUGAGUUUCGUGGACACUACUGACUUCUAUAAUCAACUUCUUAUUCACUUUCUUUUCAUUUGAUUUGUUUUGCUUUCUUUUGCACUACACUUUUGGGUCUGGCGCUUACAGACCUGGUUACCUCGGCAUUGUUGCCCUUGCAUCAUGCACUUAUUAUGGUCUGUCUCUGAAGCCCAGUCGCAACCUUGUAACGGGUCAGAGGUGCACAUCGUCUGCGUACGCUGAUCCAUAAUCAGAUCCCGGGAAGCUCUGAAACCCUCUUUUUUGCCAAGAGACAAGUUGAGGGGGGAAUGUGAUUAUGGAUCAGCUGUUUUUAAGGCGAAUGCUACCUCAUGGACCUCCAUCAGCGUCUCACUGCUGAUCCUGGAAUGCUGGAGCCGCCUUCAGGUUGCCCUGCAAACGGUUGCCGAAGUGAGCUCAUCCCUUACAUGGAGAUCUUUAUUGGAUGAAGGCCUUUUAGGAUCAGAAUGUGAAACUCUGCUGCUAUCCACUUGAUUAUCUAGCUCCUACACAAGGCUUUAGCUAGCCUAAGCUAAUGCGUUUUAGCUAGUCUUUAGCUAACAACAACACAUUGCUGAUGUUUUUUGUUUUUGUUUUUUUCUAAUCAAACUAAGCAGAAGCGGCUUAGCUGACGAGUUUUAAAAGAUAUUCUUCACCCUCAAACCUCAAAGACAGUUUGAACGGCAGUUUACAACGACAAUGUGCAUUUAUAGAGGGUUCAUUUUGGGAUGGUGGGCGGGUAAUAUGCAGUGGGCGGGCUAGUUGAUAGAAGCGAGGGAAAAGCAGAUUUAAUAUAUUAUAAAUUAUUAUGACUGAUGAUGUAAAAGCCAAUCCUUGAUUCUGGAUGAUUUCUUUUCUCCUCUUUUUUUUAUAUAUUUUUUUUAAACUCAGGGUAACUGAGACAGAUGAUGUGGGUUUCAAAUAUUUCCUGUUGGACCUACAGUAGACAGACAGGAGGACAAGACGCGCCUCUCAAUAAUGCUUUAUCUGUGGGGAAAGGCCAUGUGA